ACUGUCUAAUCAUAGGCGAGUCAGAGGUCAUAGGCAGUCUCAACACAUGCACACAUCUUUGUUUAUAUAUAUAUAUAUAUUCCCACACUCUUCUCAGACAACACAGAAUUUUCCCCAUCAUAAUCACUCAAUUAUGUGUGCGAAAAUUCCUCUCCUGCUCUUGCUUUCUUGUUUCCUUACAAUGCAUGCAUGUAACGCUAGACCUUUUGCUGGAGCCACUUCGAUUUCACACAAGGUCGAGAAGAAUCUCAAAUUCAACAAGAAUCAUAGUUCAAACAUGAAGAAUACAUUUUGGAAGCGUUUAAAUCCAAUGGAAACAAAGGAUUUAUGCCAGAAAAACAAAGGCAUAGAAAGAAUAAAGUCAGGAAGUGAAGAUUGUAAUAAUAAGUCUUCUGAUCUUCACAAGGGUUUGCUGCAUCCCUCAAUCUCAGAGGCUUCAAGAUGGCCACAUGACCUCGAUGUUAGAGAAAUGGCCAUUUUCAAGGACGAAGAUUUAUCAAAGACGGAUUAUCAGCCACCCCAUCGUAAAUCACCUAUUCACAAUAAAUAAUUUAAUUAUUUUCCUCGUUAUUUCUAAUUUAUUAUUAUUAUUAUUAUUACAAAAUAGGUAAAAUAAUACGUGGAAGUCCACCAUGGAGUGUUUUUAGUUAAAUUACCCUUUACUUGCUACUUGUGUUUUGUAUACGAUCUUUGUAAGGUCCACGGCAUUGGAGCCGACUGGUUUUUCAACUACCUCGCUCUC